AUGGCAAAUGGGGACUUCGUGAUUCGUGAAAACGCCUCCACCUACGUGGGUCUGUUGUUAGCGGGAGGCCUUAUUCGUGAGAUUUUUGUUAGAAAGAUGAAAAAUACUGAGAGGUUUGCUAAUUUUGCUUUAGCAGGUUUAACCUUAGCACCUCUUGUUGUGAUAAUAGAUUCAAAUGUAAAUGUUAUCUUGACUGCUUGUCUCGCUGUGUAUGUGGGAUGCUAUCGUUCUGUCAAACCAACUCCGCCUACUGAGACAAUGUCCAAUGAACAUGCCAUGCGAUUCCCUUUUGUUGGGAGUGCAAUGUUAUUAUCACUUUUCUUGCUCUUCAAGUUUCUAUCUAAAGACUUGGUCAAUGCUGUGCUGACAGUCUACUUCUUUUUACUUGGGAUUGUUGCUCUGUCGUAUGUUCUUUUCUUUGGGCAAUUUCUCCCCUUUGUGAAGUAA